AUGGCGUCCUACAAACCGAACGCUGGGCCCCCAUCGCACGAGAUGGUAUACUUCCCCCAGAUGACCACCUCACUCCCUUCAUCUUCCCGUGAAUUCCGGAAGGUCCUAUUCACGGGUCUCUACUCCCAAGUAGUCCUAAUGACAGUCCCCGUAGGGGGCGACAUUGGCGAUGAAGUGCACACCGUCGACCAAGCCCUGAACUUCACAAGUGGGCAAGGGAAGGCGACAAUUAAUGGGAAAGAUCAGGAUGUGAAGGCGGGAGAUUUGAUGGUUGUUCCGGCAGGGACGCAGCAUCAAUUUGUCAAUACGGGGUCUGAGCCCUUGAUUCUAUACACGAUAUACUCACCUGCGGAGCAUAAUAGCACUACGGUGCAUCAUACAAAAGAGGAGGGUAUCAAAGCAGAAGAUGAAGGCCAUGAUGAGGCGCCGGAGUGGAGCCGGAGGAGCAAGAAGGAGAAUGAGGAUUCGGGUAUGGUGAAACUUAGCGGGAAGUAUUAG